UAUUAUGAGGCCGGUGUCAUUAGGCGAUUGCCGCUGAAUGAUUGAAUGUUGACUGUGAGUGGUGGGUGUUUUUUUCUCUCUCUGGCUUCCUCUCGUCUGCGGUCAUUCCAUGGUGUUCAGAUCUCCUUUAGAGCUCUAUCCCACCCACUUCUUCCUGCCAAACUUCAGCGAGCGCUCCCUGCUCCUGGCCAGUGGCAGCAGCAGCAGCGGCGGUGGCGGCGGCGGCGGCGGCUCCAGAGCCCCAGAAGAGCUGUCAAUGUUCCAGUUGCCCACUCUCAACUUCUCCCCGGAGCAAGUGGCCAGCGUGUGCGAGACGCUGGAGGAGACGGGGGAUAUUGAAAGGCUGGGGCGAUUCCUAUGGUCCCUUCCCGUGGCACCUGGGGCAUGCGAGGCCAUCAACAAGCAUGAGUCCAUCCUUAGAGCCCGGGCGGUGGUGGCCUUCCACACGGGCAACUUCCGAGAUCUCUAUCACAUCUUGGAGAACCACAAGUUUACCAAGGAGUCCCACGGAAAGCUGCAGGCCAUGUGGCUGGAAGCCCAUUACCAGGAGGCCGAGAAGCUCAGGGGUCGCCCCCUAGGACCAGUUGAUAAGUACAGGGUGAGGAAGAAGUUUCCCCUGCCCAGGACCAUCUGGGAUGGAGAACAGAAAACCCAUUGCUUUAAGGAGAGGACUCGCAGUCUCCUAAGGGAGUGGUACCUACAGGACCCUUACCCCAACCCCAGCAAGAAAAGGGAACUGGCCCAGGCCACUGGCCUGACACCCACGCAGGUGGGAAACUGGUUCAAAAACCGGAGGCAAAGAGACAGAGCAGCAGCUGCCAAAAACAGGCUUCAGCACCAGUCCAUCGGACAGAGCGGCAUGAGGUCGUUGGCAGAGCCAGGCUGCGCCAAUCACAGCUCGGCAGAGUCUCCCUCCACAGCGGCCGCUAGUCCGACCACUAGCGUGUCCAGUCUGGCAGAAAGAGCCGAAACUGGGACCUCCAUCCUAUCCGUCACCUCCAGCGACUCGGAAUGUGAUGUAUGAUACAUAGGCAGACACACUUAACCCAAUGGACUGAACUUCCAGGGACUGUCACACAAACAAGCGGACGUUAAAAUAAAAAAGGUGACAUCAGACUCUAAAAGGACAAACACGACCUCUCUUUGCGGACGCAAUGUCCCUUGCAUGUUUCAUUUGUAUCUGGGGACAUAUCCUAAAACCAGUUCCCUUUCCAUACCCUCCAAGGAUCCCCCUGAAGAGGAACCACAAAACCUCC